GCCGGCGUAGUCAACAUGCUGCAAGCCUUCAAGUCUUUGGAGGCAGACCCCGACAUUCAGGUCAACAACGUGGCUAUGAAAGACUUGCUGUCCCUGGAGCAGCCCGAGAUUUCAGUGUCACAGGCCAGAAUGGUAGUUGAGCGCCCAUGCACGAAGCACCGUAUUAUGGACAUGCUGCGUGUCCAACUUAUCGAGUUUAGCAAGGCCACGUUCCAACAUGAGGUGGAAGAGCUGAAGCGCCAGGCACGGCCGGCGGACGCUGCGCAAGGCUUCUACCACCUCCCGGGUCGGGCG